UUAAUAGAUCCUACCCAAAUAGGGCCAGGUACCACCUAUUCGGCCAACCUACGUAAUCAAUCUAACUGCCUGCCCCUCCUUCGAACCCUUCCCAGACCGUGAUCAUCCCGCAUUGUGACCCAUUUGCUUUGCCAGAUAAGCGCCAUUUAGGGAAAAGGCGCGCUAACUCAGCAGAAUGGCGGAUGUGGAAAUGAAGGAAGCCAGCUCCGGAGCCUCCAAGGUCAAGGGCUCGUCGAAAGCUUCCGAAGGUGCCAGCGACGGCAAGAAGAAGUUCGAGGUCAAGAAGUGGAAUGCGGUCGCGCUGUGGGCAUGGGAUAUUGUCGUCGACAACUGUGCAAUCUGCCGCAACCACAUCAUGGAUCUAUGUAUCGAAUGCCAAGCUAACCAAGGCUCGUCUACAACUGAAGAGUGUACUGUUGCCUGGGGAAUCUGCAACCACGCCUUCCACUUUCACUGCAUUUCGCGGUGGCUGAAGACCCGUCAAGUUUGCCCACUCGACAACAGAGAUUGGGAAUUCCAGAAGUACGGCCGGUAAACAUGUGUCCAAGAUUGCAGGGUUCGAUUAUGGGCGGGUCACCUUUCUGUCUUAUAGUAUCCCGGCUGGGUAGAACCGAAGGGAGGGCUCUUUAUGGCGUUUGUGGUUCGUUUUGCAGUUCUCGGCAGCGGCUUUAAAAGAUCCAUACAGGUUUGGGUUGUGUAUAUGCAAGCGGACAAGUUGUGAUCGAUUUCAAGAGAUCAAAUUAACACUCCCAAAGCCCAAAGCUUUGCCUCACGCAACCCUAACUCCGUCUACCAAAACCCCUGCACCUCCCACGCCCGCCGUCAAGGGAACCAGCCAUUUCUCGGGAUUCUUAUUGUACAUAGGCCAAGGCGGAAUGACAGCCAACCCAGUCACCAAUGUGCCUGCCAAUCCGACCCAGAGUGUUAGAUGAAUGUCUUGAAAGAUGUAUCCAACAAUGAACGCCAGGGC